GGAAAAAGACUAAUUAAAGACGAGGGACUGGAACAUGCAAUUGGAGGGAGGGAAUCCAAUUGGCAUAUAAAAGCGGGUGUCAACUACGAAUUCUAGCCUAAAUUCGCGGGCGCCGAGGGAGGGACCGAGAUGAAGUCCGAGACGGUGACAUUGAUUCUGGUAAACCUCGCCGGAGUAAUGGAGAGGGCCGACGAAUCUCUGUUACCUGGUGUAUACAAAGAGGUCGGUGCCGCCUUGCACACCGGUCCUACUGGUCUCGGUUCCUUGACUCUCUUCAGAUCCAUCGUUCAGGCCUCUUGCUAUCCCUUGGCUGCUUAUUUGGCCGUGCGCCAUAACCGAGCUCAUGUCAUUGCUCUCGGCGCUUUCCUCUGGGCCGCCGCUACGUUUCUCGUUGCCGUUUCCUCUACAUUCCUUCAGGUCGCUGUUUCAAGAGCAUUGAAUGGGAUUGGCCUUGCAUUAGUUGCACCUGCCAUCCAGUCCCUCGUCGCAGAUUCAACAGAUGACCAUAACCGUGGUUUGGCUUUUGGAUGGCUUCAAACGACUGGCAACUUAGGCUCCAUUAUUGGCGGGUUGUGUUCAAUAAUAAUAGCUCCAAUAACAAUUAUGGGAAUCCCUGGUUGGAGAAUUGCAUUUCAUCUUGUUGGACUAAUCAGUGUUGUUGUUGGCAUUCUAGUCCGUCUCUUUGCACACGAUCCACAUUUUUCAGACAACGGCAUGAAAACUGGUAAUCGUAUUCCACCCCAUAAUUCCUUUUGUUCUGGAGUCAAGGACUUGGUACAGGAAUCAAAAUCAGUUAUAAGGAUUCCAUCCUUUCAGAUCAUAGUAGCGCAGGGUGUCACAGGUUCAUUUCCCUGGUCAGCCUUGUCAUUUGCAACAAUGUGGUUGGAACUCAAGGGCUUCUCCCAUGAGAAGACUGCUUUUCUGAUGGGCCUGUUUGUGAUUGGAAACUCUCUUGGAGGCUUGUUUGGAGGUAAAAUGGGAGAUAUCCUCUCCACACGUUUCCCAGAUUCCGGGAGGAUUAUUCUGGCACAAAUCAGCUCAGCGUCAGGCAUUCCUCUAGCUGCAGUUCUUCUGCUCUUCUUGCCGGAUGGCCCAUUUACAGCAGUUCUCCAUGGACUAGUCUUGCUCAUUGUGGGGUUUUUCAUUUCUUGGAAUGCUCCAGCUACAAAUAAUCCUAUUUUUGCAGAAAUAGUUCCCGAAAAAUCUCGGACAAGUGUCUAUGCUUUAGAUCGAUCUUUGGAAUCUAUUUUGUCAUCAUUUGCUCCUCCUAUUGUUGGGAUUCUGGCUCAGCAUGUCUAUGGAUAUAAGCCCGUUAAGAGAGGAUCUAGUGAGACUGAAGAGAUUGGCACAGAUAGGGGGAAUGCAGCAUCAUUAGCCCGGGCAUUAUACACAGCAAUAGGAAUUCCAUUGGCUCUCUGUUGUUUUAUAUACUCGUUUCUGUAUUGCACUUAUCCAAGAGAUAGAGAACGAGCACGUAUGGAAGUUUUAAUUGAAUCAGAGAUGCAACAAAUAACUUCUGAAUGGCCAACUUCAGGUUCUCCAUUCUCUCAAGUUCAUUUAUCAGAGUCAGGUGAGCUACAUUCUAGAGACAGAGAAGUCAUUGAUAUGGACUAUAAAGAAGAGGAUGAUCUAGAUUUCGAUGAUGACGAAAAGACAGCCCUUUAUAGCCAGUGGACAAUUUCAAAUUUUCUCAAACAAUAGCCUUCCGAGGGAAUGUACUCUGUUAUGUAUUUUCUGAGACCAGAAAAGCUACUCCAUUUCACGUACUGGGCUUCAAUCUUGAUGGUCGGGAAGUAUUAUAAUUUUUAUUUAUGGAAUUCUCUGCAAUUCAAAACAGAAGAUGAGUGCUCUUGCAGUUUUUACAUGCGUAUGUUCAACCAAAUUUGUACAGUGGAAUCAAACUCGUCUCCUCAUAUUGGUGUAACACAGUCGCUAUUCUUAUUUGUUUUCGCCAUUGGAAGGAAUAUAAAAUGUGUUAUAUAUUUACUAA